ACCCGCCAAGCGGUGACCACCUGUAUUGGCCAGUGUUGUAAAACGCGGUUGGCCACCGAGUGCCUGGCAACUCUGCAAAUGUGCGAAUGGGAACUCAGCGCAGAGAAAUACAGUACGUAUUCUACGACGAAAAUAAAUAAAUAAACACGAAAGAUACGGAGACAAGCGGAGAAGGAUGUCUGCACGAAUGCUGAAGAAGCUGCAGGGCGACGCUGAUUUGCUGGCGCCGCCGCCGGAGGACGAGGAUUGCGAGGAGCUGUCGGACAAUGAUGAACUGGAGGACAGCGAUAUGCGGCGCGACCGCAAGUCGCACUUGAAUCCAUUCGAUCUGCUCAAUCAACCCGGUCUGAGUCUCUCGGAGAGCGAGUUCAAGGAGGACGACAACGAAACGGAGCACCCCUCGGCCGCUCUGCCAAAUCCCAGUGCCACCGCGGCCAAGAAGAAGAAAAAGAAGCGCAAGAAGAAGGCCAAGUCCAGUGGCAAUCACAUCAGCAGCGAGGACAACGAGCGCCAGGACAAGUACUUCGAGAAAGUGGAUCCGCUCCUGGGCAAGGUCUACGAUGCGGUGCCCAAACAAUCGGCGAAACAAGUGGCAUUGGCAUCCGCAUCCGCUGCCGCAGCCGCCGGAAGCUCAGCCAAAAAGAAACUGCUGGCCGUGGAGCUGCGCCACCUGAAUUCGCAAAACGAGAUGCGACGCACCUUCGGCAAGAGAGUGGUCAAAGUGGAAACCAAGCGCGGCAGGCAGAAGCCCACGCUUAAAUCCACCUACAUGGUGACUGCCAAGGAAUCGUGGCCGCCGCUGACCAAGAACACCGUCACCAUGAAGCUGCUGCCCGCCCCCGACUCGCCGUCGGUGUCCUCCAAAUCCAUCACAGACAGUGGAGCCGAGGUGCAGUGGUUCGCCUUUGAGCACAGCCAGUACUACCAGGGAGUGCAGCAUAUGUUUUUGUCCGCCCUCGAGCGCAUUGACUCGGAAUUCCUAAUUACGCUGAUCAAACGAUGUCCCUACCACGUGGACUCUUUGGUGCAGCUCAGCGAGGUGUGCAAAAUGACCGAGGACUUUGCCCUGGCUUCCGAGCUACUGGAGCGCGCCCUGCUCCUCCUGGAAUCGUCGCUGCACAUCAACUUCAGCCUGACGUCGGGCAACUGCCGACUGGACUACCGCCGCCAGGAGAACCGCUCGUUCUAUAUCGUGCUGUUUAAGCAUGCCCAGUACCUGGAGGAGCGAGCCUGCAGCCGCACCGCCUUCGAGAUCUCCAAACUGCUGCUCAGUCUGCAGCCGGACACGGAUCCGCUUGCCAUGAUCCUGGUCAUUGACUACUAUGCCCUGCGCAGCAAGCAGUUUGGCUGGCUGGUGGAGUUCUACGAGGAGUACAAUGCCGCCAGGAACCUCAAUCAGCUGCCCAACAUGGCCUACUCGUAUGCCUUGGCUCUGCACACGCUCCAUGGUGCCUGUGAGCGUUCCAACCAGGCGCUCCAGUAUGCCCUGCUCAUGUUCCCGGGUGUGCUGCGUCCCCUGCUGGACGAGAUGUCCGUGCAGACCGACAAACGGGUGCUGGCCUCGUCGUACUUCUUUGCGGAUGUGUCGGGCAAUCAAUCGCCCGCCCUCCAUCAGCUGGUGUGCCUGUAUGUGUGCCGUGCCCGUGUCGUUUGGCGUCAGAACGAGGUGCUACCCUGGCUGGAGUCCAACGUGAACGUAGUGCUGGAUCGCAUUGACAACAAGGAACCCAUUGUCAACGAAUACAAGGAGAAACGAUCGCUGCGUUAUGGUGGAACUCCGCCUAGACCCAUCCUGCGGCACGUCAUACUCUCCGACUACAAGGAAAAGGUGCCUCUGGCCGUCUUUGUGUCCAAGGAGAAGCAAGCCAUCAUGACCUAUGACCCACUGCCGCCACCGAACAGCGUCAACUGCUACCAGCGCAAAUCUUCAUCAAGCAGCAGCCCCACAACGAAUACGAGCAAUUCCGUAUCGAUGUUUUUCCAAUCGCUUUUGCCUUCUUUCAACAUUAACAACCUGGCACAAGCUGCUCAGCCACAGGAAGCUGGAGCAGCAGGAGCAGCAGCACCACCAGCAGUAGCAGCUCCAGCUCCAGCUCCAGCUGAAGCUAACAUUGAAGCUGGAGUUGAAGCAGGAGCUGCCGGAGUUGCAGGAGCCAUUCGUGAGGCAGAAGAAGCUGGACUGCAGCACCCGCUGAGGUGGAUGGAUGCCAUGCGGGAAAUCCUACAGAAUUUCCGGAUCGCUGAGCACUUGCGCCUACCGGAAACGGCGGCGGCUCAGUCCUCUGACAGCAAUGACGAGGAGGAGGGCUCCUCCGACUACGUGGAUUAGUCAAUUUGUCAAUUACGUGAAACGUAUCAAAGUUUGUCGGAUUUGGGGCUGGAAAACGUGUUUUUAUUGGAAACCACCUUUUGCUAUUCCCUCAGCUAAGCGACACCGUCACAAAAUUAAAAUAUAUACAACAUAUAUAUAUAUAUACAUAUUAGAGCAAUUUGAACACAUACAUAAUAUGAACUUAUGCAUUGAAUAAAAUUUUCCAGUACAAGCUUUAGAUCAAAAGCGGCGACCGUGUUGAGCUUAAAGAUUGUUUUAUUGAUUUA